UUCUAUUGAAUUUGAAUUUCUUCUGUUUUAAAACUAAUUUGAGGAUUUGAUCUUCCCGGAAUUUAUAUUCAAACGCGGUCUCAGCGAAGUUCUUCAUUUUCGUAGAUUGAUCUCCGUUUGGGAUUUUUGGAUCUGUUUUCGAUAACUCUCACGGGGCUGGUUUAUUGGCGAUCGCUACUCAUUUGUUUAUUUUUAUACAACUGGAUUUCUGUGUUCUAUCUAAGGAUACGUUUACUCCAAGGAAUCUCGCCAUUAAAUAGAAAUGAUUUUCGUUGCUCGCUGUAUAUGCACAUACGCAACUUUUAGAUGCUCGUAUUAUAGUUAGCAUUGCUUUGGAGUUUCUUUCCAGGAACUUUGUUCAUUCCUUUGCAUGUCUCAGAAAAAGAAGGCCCUGCUUUUUGAAUUUCAUUGUCGUGGCAGCAUUAGUCCGUCUGCAACUUGCUUUCUUUAGCAAUUGUAUUCUUUGGUGUUUACUCGUUCUUAUAUGUACAUGCCAGAGUAAUCUGUUGAAAACUCUUACUGAAUCACUUUUUUUUUUCUUUUAAACUUUUGGAUUGGACGACAGUUAGGUGGACCUGGCUUUGAUGUUUCUGUUUGUUUGACGACUUCUUAAUUGUCAUACAUGCCUGAGAUAUGGUGUUCAAGAAGGAUGUAGAUUAUGGAUUCAAUGUCCCUGUUAUACCAAGGGCACCUCGUUCAAGUAGGAGGAGGGCUCCACACAAGACAACUGCUGAGGAUACUCAAGUCUGUGCAUUUGAAUUACUUGCUUCUUUAGCUGGCAAACUACUGGAGGAAAGUGAAAGUUCUUCUGCUUCUAGCAAUGCAUCUGAAAGAAGUGAUUGUCCUAGGAUUGCUACAGAUAUUAUUGCGCAAGAGCAAGAAGAUGGUGAUAAACGAUUAGAAACCGAAUGUGUUGAUCGGGGAAGCUGUGAAGUGAGCAUUGCUGCCUCAGAAUCAACUGCAGAGAACAGUGAUCGGAAGUGUUCACCAAAUGAAUUUCCACAUGUAGAAAAUGAUGCCAUUUUGGAACGCACUUCAUUUUCAGGUUGCUUGCAUAAUAUUGAUGGUAAUUCGAAGUCUGUAGGUUUUGAAAGCAAGAAAGGAUACAAUAACUUUCCUAGCAAACCAGAGAGAGGCUCUCCUGUUUCUGGGGAAUCAUGUGGUGUUAUUCUGGAGAAUGGAUAUGAUCAACAGCAAAAAACCGAGGGAUUGGAAUAUCUAACUGAGGCUAAUACGUGCCACGCAAAUGAUCAAACUGACUUAUGUAUGGGUUCUCCUGGAUUGAUUAGUUCUGACAAGGAUGUCAAUAUACCAUCACGCAAGAACCUUGUUUCUAAUGUUUCUCUUUCAAGGCAUAGGACUGAUGUUAGUUUAGGUAGAAGAGAUGAUGAUGAAAACUUUUCUAGGUGUUAUAAUUACAAAUUUAGCAACAAAGUUAAGGCUUAUAGGCCUCCACCGCGAAUUGUACAUAGAAGAAUAAGGAAAUUGUUGACAUCAAAAUACUGGAAAGUGGCUCCAAAAUUGAAGGAUUAUGAACUUUCUAGAGCUGAUGGGGGAAUAAAGCCUCUCUAUCACAAGAGGAAAACGUGUUACAACCGUGAGUCGUCUCAACAUGAUGUGUUUUAUAAGAAGAGAAAACUUUCUGACAGAAACUCGGUAGUGACUUCUGAUGGAGGCUUUAGCAGUGAAAGUGUUACUAAUUCCCCCGAGAAAAAUGUGGACAAGAGUGGAUCAGAUGCAAUGUUGCAUGGAGUAACUGGGAUAUCAUCGUCAGUCACAGGUCUUCCAGCAUUGCCUCGCCCAAAGAGUUCUCAUGUGAAGUUUAGCAUAAAAUCCUUUAGGGUUCCAGAGCUCUUUAUUGAGGUCCCAGACACUGCAACUGUUGGUUCACUUAAGAGGACAGUGAUGGAAGCAGUGACUGCUUUAGUUGGAGGUGGAAUACGCGUUGGGGUACUUGUUAAAGGGAAGAAAAUCAGAGAUGACGACAGAACUUUAUCACAAACUGGUAUUUCUUGUAAGGACAACCUGGAUGCUUUGGGCUUCACUUUAGAGCCUACGCAUGCACAAGCUCCACCACCCAUCUGCCCUGAAGAUCAUCCUCCUUUGUUACCAAAUGAUCCAACCCUACUUUUAUCAAGGUUGUCAGCAGCUCCUGCUUUAGAACUGGGGAUCCCCAAUGCAAUACCUGACCCUACUUCCCUAAAUGAUUCAGGCAAUCAUGUUGACAGUAAUCAUGAAAUAGUUUCCUCAUAUGUUGAUUCAUUAACUGACAAACCCCCGUCAGAUUCUAGAGCUCUGGUUCCAGUUCCAGCUAUGAGUGUUGAGGCAUUGGCUGUUGUUCCUGUGAACCAGAAAAUCAGGAAAUCUGAGCUUGCACAGCGUCGAACCCGGAGACCAUUCUCUGUGUCAGAGGUCGAAGCCCUUGUUCAGGCAGUUGAGGAACUUGGGACUGGAAGGUGGCGUGAUGUUAAAUUGCGUGCUUUUGAGGAUGCAGACCAUCGUACUUAUGUUGACUUGAAGGACAAAUGGAAGACACUAGUUCACACAGCAACAAUCUCCCCUCAGCAAAGGAGGGGGGAACCUGUGCCCCAGGAACUUCUGGACAGAGUCUUGGCUGCCCAUUCUUAUUGGAGCCAGAACCAAGCUAAACAAGGAAAACGUCAAGCUGGAACCUUAAAGAUCACAGACGUCCAACCCGGAGCCAUUGUUAUGGUGUAAAAAGUAAGGAAGGUAAACAAAACGUUGACAUGAAGAGAACAAGAAAACUGUACAAAGAAAUUAAGAUGAUUCAAAAUUAAUUUCUGUAUUAUUCCUCACAUGCAAGCACUCACUUGAUUCAUCGCUGGAUUUUUCCCUAAUGCGGGAAGAACAGCACCUGUAAAUGAUUUAAUGAAAUAAAGGUCAUUCUAACCAGACA